CUUUUACCGGCUCAGAGCAGGCGGAGACAACGAAGGAGUCGGACGGGCAGGCACGCUAACUGGCAGGCAGCCGCCGUUACUCAGCAUCUGUCACUUUGCGUCUCGACGGUUCACACCCACCCAGGAUUAGACUCCUUUUUUUAGCGUUUAAUUUCUACUGAAAUCAAUGAAGGAGAGACGCUCGUGCCAGAAGUCCUCUCUGAAAUCCAGCAUGGAUCCCGGUCAGAGUGUGAAGUGUAAGAUAGUGGUGGUGGGGGACAGCCAAUGUGGGAAGACUGCGCUGCUUCACGUGUUCGCCAAGGACUGUUUCCCAGAGACCUACGUUCCCACAGUGUUUGAAAACUACACAGCCAGUUUUGAAAUCGACACCCAGAGGAUUGAGCUCAGCUUGUGGGACACCUCAGGAUCUCCGUACUACGACAACGUGAGGCCCCUUUCCUAUCCAGACUCUGACGCUGUCCUCAUCUGUUUCGACAUCAGCCGCCCCGAAACCCUUGAUAGCGUAUUAAAAAAGUGGAAGGGGGAGAUUCAAGAGUUUUGCCCAAACACUAAGAUGCUGUUAGUUGGCUGCAAGUCAGACCUGCGAACUGACCUGAAUACGCUCGUAGAGCUUUCCAACCAUCGACAGGCGCCCGUCUCAUAUGAUCAGGGCUCCAGCAUGGCCAAGCAGAUCUCGGCACCUUACAUCGAAUGCUCAGCUCAGCAGUCGGAAAAUAGCGUCAGAGACAUUUUCCAUGUAGCAACGCUGGCCUGCAUCAACAAAAACAACAAAAACGUCAAACGCAGCAAGGCUGCACGUGCAACCAAGAGGAUUUCACACAUGCCCAGCAGGCCCGACCUGGCAGCAGAUCUCCGGAAGGACAAAGCUAAAAGUUGCUCGGUCAUGUGACUGAUCAGACUGAGAGGGAGGGGGGGGUCAGAUUAAGGAGAACGAGGACAGCGCACAGUGCAAGCAGGAAGCUAUGGGGCAAAGCUCUGUCCUGCAUGCAAAAGACCUCUUAUUUGUCUGAAAAGGGGGUUUUAUAAGCUUCAAUUUGUGUACGUGUUACUGGAAUAUUCUGCACCAAUGAAAAAUCAAUGCGUAGUAGCAUCCCAAUCAAUGUGUCCCCCACCCCCCUCCCAAAAAAUAAAAAAAUCCCACCAGACGAGGAAGCUAUCAAUCAGUGGGCUACUUGCUCUGGGAAGUGACCUGUUUCCUCUGAGAGGUCAAAGUGGAUGCAGUCAGGGCUUUCCUCCCCAACAGGAAAUGAGCUGGAGGAGUGAUAUCAUGACGAGACACUCAUUUGUUAAAGGGUUUUAGAAAAUGUGAUCUUUUGAAUGAGGGCCAAAGCCAACGAUUGGUGAGGGCUUUGCUACUUGGAGGAAAGAGGAGCUCUUGUUUGUGCUGGAUCAAAGACUUUUUGCUCAGAGGGCUUAUAAACCAUCUCAUCACUGUGGUUUGGAACUGAUUCAGUCAUCCCUGCUCCUGAAACCAUUGGUCUGCGUGCAGAGGAGAUUGGAAGUGGUAUUUGAGUCCCGUCGGAUAUGUUGUUGAUAAAAUGUGAAGUCAUUGGUGUGUAAGUGUGUCAUUGUUUUAUUUUAGCUUCUUUCUGACAGAUCCAAUCAGAAAGAGCUGAGCGAGGGUCCUGAAAAAUGCCACCCAUCACAUUCUGUCACCUCAGCAGCAGAUUCUACGCUGCCUGAUCAAAAAGUCGCUUAGAUGUUACUUUGAUUACAGCACACGUUCAGUGUGGCAUGGUUUCAGUAAGCCUAUGCAAUGUCCCAACAGUAAUUUCCACCUGGAGUUGCAUUAAUUUUUUUCUUAGCUUGAUGCUUCCGUCACCCUGGAGUUGGUUAAAUCUGGCCUCACCAGACUACAUGACCUGUUUCCACUGAGUCUAAUCUUUAGACCUAUCUGGUUAGCUUCACUAGUGUUUUCUUAAAGCCACACAGCUGUUUAGCCAAAAUACCUUGAGUUUUAUUAACAUUAAAGGUGUGUAAAUGCUUUAGCUUUCACUAUAAAACAUGAUGUACUGCUUUACUAUUAAUUUAAUUUCAAACAUGUAAGUAAUCUCCAAUGAUAGUCAUCCAAAAUCUUAAUUUCUUACUCAAAGACGGUAAUUUAUCAUUAUCUUCUCAGGUUUUAUUAAUGCAUCAACAUAAUUUUAGUAGCUUUAGCAACCUCAUAAGUAGUCUUUGAUGCAGACCAAUAUUUGACCCUCCUUCUUUUUUUUUUUUCCGCAACCACAGGAUGUCUUCCAACAUUGUUUGAAGGGCAUGGGAAGCUUUGUGCAUUAGUUAUAACGUGUUAGCAGCUGAAACAUAUUAAUAACUGUUGUAUUUGAGCAAUGGGAGGCUCUUACCCAUUUGAGUUAAAUCCAGGUGGUGAUUUUUGGACAGGCAGUGUAUUUUAAACCCUUUUGAUGGACUAAAAGAGAUAAAAGCUGACCAUUCAAUGAAUAACUAAUUUAAUUUAACUUUGAACCAGUUCAUUUACACAGAUUUUGCUAUACUGGCUGAAGACAGUCACACCCUGAGAGUGUUUGGACUUCACAGUGAAAUUGCUGCACUUAGUGAAUGUGGCUAAAGGUUUAAACGAAGAGAAUUUACACCGUUGGCCAACAGUGAACUGUGAUUAUGGUGCUGAAAACGGACUAGACGAUGGAGUCGAUUAGCUGGGUUGCACCGCUUGAAUUUAACUCCGUCUGUAACCAAGUGCCAUACAAGAGUUUGGUAUCAGUUCAAGAUGAAAAGAAUUAGCCAGUUAGCAACUGGGCUAAUACGCUAGCCAGCUUACAUUUAUGUUUGUUCUUCCUCUUCAAGAAAUGGUCAAAUUAGGGCAAAUUGUAAAUGUCAAAUUGCAGAAUAAUGACUACUCUAAAUCUUAGCAGGCUAUUAGCGGUGUUAGCGGUUGGCUCCCCAGCUUCAGUGCUUUUCCAUUUAGCCCUCCCCUCGCGACUUAUUUCACAGUUAAAUUCUUCUGUGCCAUUUUCUGACCUCGACUAAAAAUUGGAUGAUUGUAUUUUUUUCUACAUGGUUUGAAAUAUUAGAUCAUCUCAGUGUUUGAUUUUUCUGUAUUGUAAUGUAAACUAAAAGAAAAAAUGAGUGUCAAUUUCUGAAUUUGUGGUUUUGCCUUUAACAAAUGGUGCAAUUGAGCUGUUAAAAUAUCAAAGGCAUUGAUGCACUUUUUAAUAUAACAUUCAGCUCAACAGUUAGCCUGUUCAUAUGCCACAAUGGUCACAUUUUGGCAGCACAGUGCCCCAGUUCCCAUCUUCAUUUUCUAAUCUGUAGUCCCUUCUGUGUGUACACAUCUUUUCUUGAAUGUUGUCACUUUCAAAAUGUCUUUGCCAAUUGUGUUACCACAAUAUUUAUUGAAUUAUAUAUUUUCUCUUUAGAAUAAAAGCAAAUGCAAUUAAA